AUGGGAGGAGUGGAACCGAACGAAGAACAGGCCGCGCAGCGUGAUGAAUUAAAACGCCAGAUGCUUUCCCAAAUACUUGAUGGUGAAGCUCGGGAAAGAUUAUCUCGAAUUGCAUUGGUCAAGCCGCAAAAGGCCGAUACUAUUUCGGACCUCUUGCUUCAAAUGGCGCGAUCUGGCCAAGUGAGACAGCGAGUCACUGAAGACCAGCUUAUCAUGCUGCUAGAUCAAGUGGAUCAAGCCACUUCUCAAGAGUCUACGGGCAAAAUUACUGUCACUCGAAAAAAGACACUGAAUGAUGAUGAUGACGAUUGGGAUCUAUAG